AUGCGCAUGAUGAGGGAAGUGGUGCUUAAUGCUAGUCCGACGGCGACCAAGACUCGGUUCGUCGUCCGCAACCACGGAGUUGAAUCUGAUGAAGACAAGUCUCCAGCGACCCCCGCCAUCAUUGAGUUCAGCAAAGACCGAGCAGUUGCUCAAAGCUUCGUCAAUGAAAAAGAUGAAUCAUCGACUUUGCCGGGCGCUGGUAUGCCUGGCUCGCAACCCGACUGGCCGGUUUGUUUCCCCACAUAUAUUCAAAACGAUGAUAUGGACAUGAUCGGCGUCUUCCGGGAAUGA